AUGGACUGCUUUCGACAAAUAUUCCGAUGCAUCAAAGCACCAUUCAAGCGCCAAGAUGACCAAAGGCCGAUCGAAAUUGGUCACCCGACAGAUUUCCGAAAGGAGGAACUACCCGCAUGUUUCUCGGAUGCCGAGUCAGUCGUAUCGCCCAGCCAGGCCAUAGCGGAGCCGCCAAUUCUGACAAAGCAAUCACAGAACAUUGAGGCCCCAGAGCAGCCACGAAACAAUAGUGGAGACAAAGACGGGAGUGGUGAUCGAGAUGGAGGUGCGUUAGCCACCGAUGAAGAAAAGAAGCCAGAGCCUCAUUCGGAGGAAAAGCAACAAGCAGGAGAGUCACGCCGUCGAAUGCGCAUCAAGGUGCCACGAUUGUUGAGAUUUACCAAAUCUGCUCCAGUGAAGGAAGACAACAAUAAAAAACAAUGA